ACCUCCAUCCUUCUCCAUUUGGGUUCUCAUUCUCCCAAAUCUGAUCAAUAGAACAAGAAGUAUUGGGGCCUAAUUUUUGAAAUACAUUCUCCCAGAGCUCUGGCCGAUAAUCUCUCGGACUCCCUUCUUCCUUUUUUUUCUUCUGUUCAUUCCUCAAAGAAACUCCAGCAAAACCCACAAAUUUUCACUGAAAAAUCCAACGAAAAUCCAACAGUAAUAAUGGAGGAUGAGAGAAGUGAUGGAUUUGGGAAAGAAGGAGGAGGAAUCCAGCAAACCUUAAACCCAUUGAUCAAUCUCAAAUAUGGUCCCUUUGAACCCUAACCUUAGGCGCCUCCAUAGAAUCUUGCAGCCUCAAGGAUUUGGGUUCCCAUUUUCCUUCUUUCUGUAAGAUUUGAGCACAUGGAGAAUCCAGAUUUGAUUCUCUUGAUGAGAACCCACCAAGGUUUUGAAGGAUUUAGGUGAAUUGAGGAUGAGGUGAGUGUUUGGCUGAGAUUAGAAUCAUAGGAGGAAAAGAAAGUAAGAUGGUGAUGAUAAACGAUAAAAGAGAGGAAACGGUGGAGGUUUUCAGGAGGGAGAGAGAAAAAAGUUGGAAAUGGGCAGAUUACCAUCUCCAAAUACCUCAGGAAAUCGAAAAACUCCCAAAGUUUCUCCAGGGAUUUAGGAUUUACAAUCACUUCUUAUACAAAGUUCAUCUGAUUCCACGAUGUCAUCGCUAGCACUUUUUCGGAAUCCAUUGGUCAUCCUUCUAAGUAGUUUCUUGGUCCUUGCAGCAGCUCAAGGUGCUUCCCGCAAUGUAAGCGUGGGUGAUUUUCUUACUGCCAAUGAUCAAAACCCUACAUGGCAAUCACCAUCCGGUGAUUUUGAAAUUGGGUUUCGCCAUACUCCAGACCAACAAGAUCGAUUCCUCCUUGCUAUCUGGUUUGCCAACAUACCCGAAAAAACCAUAGUUUGGUCUGCGAAUGGAGACAACCCUGUAGAGAAAGAAUCCAAAGUUAACCUUACCUCAAGUGGUCUACUGCUCAGUGAUCCUUCUGGCACGGAGCUUUGGUGGACUAAGAGCAACCAAGAUAGCACUGGAGGAGUAUCCCAUGCAGCCAUGCUGGAUACUGGAAAUUUUGUCAUCACAAGCACGAAUUCAGACAACAUAUGGGAGAGCUUCCAAAAUCCAACAGACACCAUAUUGCCAGGGCAAGAACUAGGCCUUAAAAGCACACUUUCAUCGGCCUUCUCCUCAAGAAGCUACAAGAAGGGGAGAUUUCAACUCCGUUUCACCUCCGAAUCUCUAGGCCUCAAUGGAAUAGAUGUCUACACAGGGAGAUCUUUCCAAUUUUACUUCAACAUCGCAAAUGGUUCAGGAUUGAUCUUCAACAAAUCUGGGCAUAUCCAGAUCAGGAAAUCAAAUGGAAGUAUUGUCAACAUUGCACCAGAAAAUACAGUCCCAAUACAGGAUUUUUACUAUAGGGCUACACUUGACUUUGAUGGGGUUUUCACCUUGUAUUCUCACUCCGGAAAUGGAGAUGAAAGUUGGUCAUCCUUGUGGUAUAGACCGGAAGAUAUCUGCUACAGCUUUACGGGUCCAAAUCCUGCACUCGGAAUCGGGCCUUGUGGUUUCAACAGUAUUUGUCAACAAGACCCAGAUGGAAUGGUUAAUUGCCAGUGCCCACCUGGGUUUUCUUUCCUGGAUGCAGUGAAUAAGCACUUGGGAUGCAAGCCAAAUAACCAAAGCUACCCAGGAGACUGUAACGAUGCAGGCUUUACAAUUGGGGAGGAUAGUUUUGAAUUCAAUUCAAUGCCAUUUGUAGAUUGGCCCUAUGGUGACUACGAACUCCUGCAGCCUGUAAAUGAGACAGAAUGCAGGUGGUCUUGCCUUCUUGACUGUACCUGUGCAGUAGCCAGCUUGGAAGAUCCGUCGCUGAACAAUGGCAUUGGAAACUGUUGGAAGAAGAAACUACCGCUUUCAAAUGGGUGGUACAACAAAAGCAGAAAUAACAGAAUAGUACUUAUCAAGAUUGAGACAAAUCUGCGUUCCUUCACAUACAAAGAACUGGAAGAUGCCACAAAAGGAUUCAAGGAAGAACUGGGAAAGGGUUCUUUUGGAACUGUUUAUAAAGGAGAACUGUCCUGGGAUUAUGUUGCUGUGAAGAAACUAGACAAGGUUGUUCAGGAAGGGGAAAAAGAGUUCAAGACAGAAGUGAAUGUGAUUGGACAAACUCACCACCGGAAUCUAGUUAGAUUGCUUGGAUACUGUGAUGAGUCUGAGCACCGGCUUCUUGUUUAUGAGUUGAUGCAGAACGGAUCUCUGGCGAGCUUCUUGUUCGGAGUUCUGAGGCCUUGUUGGCAACAGAGGCUGCAGAUUGCAUCCGGAAUUGCAAGAGGACUAACAUAUCUGCAUGAAGAAUGCAGCACUCAGAUCAUUCACUGUGACAUAAAGCCUCAGAAUAUUCUCCUAGAUGACUCUUUCGCAGCAAAAAUCUCAGAUUUUGGAUUGGCAAAACUUUUGAUUAACAGCAAGAGCCAUACGUUGACAGUCAUCAGGGGGACGAAAGGGUAUGUGGCACCGGAGUGGUUCAGGAGUACGCAUGUUACGGUGAAGGUAGAUGUGUAUAGCUUUGGAGUUAUGUUGCUGGAGAUCAUUUGUUGCAGAAGAUGUGUUGAGCAUGAGAUGGAAGAGGCAGCAAUCCUGACAGAAUGGGCAUAUGACUACUACAAUGAAGGGAAUCUAGGGAAGUUGGUGGAAAAUGAUGAAGAAGCAAGAAAUGAUAUGGGGAGGGUGGAGAUGCUGGUGAAGGUGGCAAUGUGGUGUUUGCAAGAUGAGCCAUCACAAAGGCCUAAAAUGAGAACGGUUACCAUGAUGCUUGAAGGUGCUCUCUUGGUCCCUGCUCCUCCAUGUCCUUUCCUAUAUAGUUUCAAGCCUCAAGAUUCAUCCAACAUAAACCCCGAGUUUCAAUGAAUGAAAAUUAUAAAUAAUAAAGGUAGUUCUUUUAUCAAUAUAUACCUACAUGUGACUUCCAAAUAAAGGUAGCACUUCUGGCUUUUUCAGCUUUUCAUGCUCCUGCUCAGCAAAACUGUUAAUGCUCAAAGGUAGAAUGGCAUUUGCAAUAUAACUCUAUGUUAGUG